UGUGUGAGUCGUACCGUCAUGUGUGCAUGAAUCAUUCGUCGAGAUACAUAACCUCACUCCAACAAUUGAAGGCGGUGCAUCACCAUUGGGGAAGUGUUGAGAUUGUCGAAGACAAUUGCAUCAGAAAAUUGCAUUGUUCAAGUAAAAAACGAUCCAGGGCCCCCUGUGCUCCUCAUCUGUAUCGAUAACUGCUAGUGGUUGUUGUCAAACUGGUGGAGCACGAGCCUUCGAAUAUUCAUAAGAAUAUCUCCAAGUGAUAAGUUCAGCCGGAACCAUAUUUAAGUGUAUUUUACAGUGAAUUGAGAAAAAAUGCCGGAAGAAGAUCUCUUAAAACUGACGUUAGGUGGUGGUAUCUACACCUCGGAAACAACCGGCAACGACGAGACUGGAGAUGGCACCGAGGAAAACCCCUUCAAAACAAUCCUCCAAGCGAUGCGCUCCGCCAAGAAAGAGCCCUUUCCGACAAUCUUCCAAGACUCAAAGGACGACUCCACGAAGUACGAGCCCGCAGCAAAGUCCCAACUGAAGAAGAUCCAGAAGAUCUGGCAGCGCGACCAAUACAAGAACCAAGAUAAAGAGAAGAAGCUCCAGGAGAACGACGAAAAACGCUUGAAGAAUCUGGAGGAGGCCAAGUCCAUCGUCAUUGAGGAGGACAAGUCCCUUCCGCCAGCCACACGAAUAAAGAUCCAAUCAGGAAAGGACUUCAGGGACAAGAGAGUCAAGAUCUUCGGUUGGGUCCAUAGAUUGAGGCGACAGGGAAAGGCUUUGAUGUUUAUAACCCUCAGGGAUGGCACUGGUUUCCUCCAGUGUGUCCUCAAUGAUCAACUGUGCCAGACUUAUGAUGCUGUGACGUUGAACACCGAAGCCUCUGUCGAGCUAUUCGGCACCUUGAGGAUAGUACCUGAGGGGAAAACAGCACCUGGUGGUCAUGAAUUGGCUGUCGACUACUGGAAAUUGAUUGGGAAUUCUCCUCCAGGGGGUGCUGACUCCAUUCUUAAUGAAGAGGCUCAUCCUGACGUGCAACUGGACAAGAGACACAUCAUGAUUCGGGGGGAGAACACCUCCAAGGUGCUCAUCAUGAGGUCUGUUCUGCUACAGGCAUUCAGGGAUCAUUAUUUGGCUCGAGGGUAUUGUGAAGUGACACCUCCAACUCUGGUGCAGACACAGGUGGAGGGAGGAUCCACUCUGUUCAAGCUGGAUUAUUUUGGUGAGGAGGCUUUCUUGACUCAGAGCUCGCAGCUUUAUCUCGAGACGUGUAUUCCUGCAAUGGGGGAUGUCUACUGCAUUGCACAGUCGUACAGGGCUGAACAGUCCAGGACCAGGAGACAUCUGGCUGAGUACAGCCAUGUUGAGGCUGAGUGCCCCUUCAUCAGCUUUGAUGAUUUGUUGGAUAGGCUUGAGGAUCUCGUGUGCGAUGUUGUUGAUAGGGUAUUGAAGUCCCCUUUUGGGUACAUGGUGCACGAACUCAACCCUGGGUUCCAAGCCCCCAAGAGACCUUUCAAGAGGAUGAAUUAUACUGAGGCUAUUGAGUAUCUCAGGGAACAUGGGAUUACUAAGGAGGAUGGGAGCUUUUAUGAGUUUGGAGAGGACAUUCCAGAAAUGCCAGAACGAAAGAUGACAGAUCAAAUCAACGAGCCCAUCAUGCUCUGUCGCUUCCCAGUGGCGAUAAAAUCCUUCUACAUGUCUAAAUGUCCAGAGGACAAACGUCUGACUGAAUCUGUGGAUGUUCUCCUGCCAAAUGUGGGGGAAAUUGUUGGAGGGUCAAUGCGUAUCUGGGAUUAUGACGAGUUGUUGGAGGGAUACAAGAGGGAGGAAAUCGAUCCUACGGCUUAUUAUUGGUACACUGACCAGCGUAAAUAUGGCACAUGCCCUCAUGGAGGAUACGGCCUAGGACUCGAGAGAUUCGCCUGCUGGCUGUUGAACAGAUACCACAUACGUGAGACUUGUCUCUACCCACGUUUUCUGGAGCGCUGUCGUCCAUAAAAGAAACAUUUAUCCGCUGACACCUAUGAAAAAGAAUUAAUUAAAAAACCCACCGCUUUCUCCGCAGAAAAAUUCUAUUGGGAUUCUAUUAGAAUUCUAUUGAGCAACUCUAUUUGUUUUUUGCACAAAUUCACAGAUAUUUGUUUACAAAACAGUCUACAGAUAGCAAUUCUUUUAUGUUAAUUGUUCUGUUGGGACUUUUUCUAUAACAAACCUUGGACGCAAAUUUUCCAAGUUUUUUAAAUCGGAUUUCAUUAUAAGAAAUGAAUAAAAAUACAAUGGAGAGAACUUGGAAAUUUUACGCCCAAGAAUUUCUAUAGGAAACUGAAAAUCUAUCGACUUUUUUCUAUCACAUUUCUCUUUACAAAAGGACAUUGUUAAUUGCAUAAUCUUGGAUGGAUUUGUCGCAAAAAAACAAAUAGAAUUUUCUAACAGAAUUUUUAUAGAGUUGCGAAGGAAAUUCAAUAGAAUUUUCUGGCGAAAACGCUAGGUUUUUUUAAAUAAAUUUUUUUCAUGCGUGGAACUCCACUUUUUCACGUACUUUUCACCAUGCACUUGGGCUUCAUUAUUCUUUAGGUUUUUAUCUUGGUAGCAACCUAAUGGUAAUUGCAUUUGUAACCCAUGCAUUUAACUGCCUAUAAUCAAUUAUAGACAUCAAUAAAUACAUAUGUACUGGGAAGAAAAA